UUGCACGAGAAGGAAAGAAUAAAAAUUUUGCCUCUUGUUUGUAUGCUUUGAUCAAAGUCUCGAUUACAGCCAUAGUGAAAUUUGGGACAUACAUCAUUAAGGGAGAGGAAAAUAAAACUAUUGUACUCACUGUCAUAAGUUUCAUAGUUAAUUGUUACAAGCUUUCGCCAUGGGUGUUCCCAAAUUUUACAGAUGGAUUAGCGAACGCUAUCCUUGCCUCAGCGAGACAGUAAAAGAAUAUCAGAUACCUGAGUUUGACAAUUUAUAUUUGGACAUGAAUGGAAUUAUUCACAACUGCUCUCAUCCAAACGAUGAAGAUGUUCACUUUAGGAUUUCUGAGGAAAAGAUUUUUUCAGACAUUUUCCACUAUUUAGAGGUACUAUUUCGACUAAUCAGGCCUCAGAAAGUGUUCUUUAUGGCUAUUGAUGGUGUUGCUCCCCGUGCCAAAAUGAAUCAGCAACGUGGUAGAAGAUUUCGUUCAGCUAAAGAAGCAGAAGAUAAAGAGAAGGAAGCCCUCAGAAAAGGAGAGGUUUUGCCAGAGGAAAAAAGAUUUGAUUCUAAUUGCAUCACUCCUGGAACAGAAUUUAUGGACAGCCUUCAGAAACAAUUGCAAUUUUUUGUCACAAAUAAAGUAUCCACUGAUCCCCUCUGGCAGAAUACUCAAGUUAUUUUGUCAGGCCAUCAGGUUCCUGGAGAAGGAGAGCACAAAAUUAUGGAGUUUAUCCGUUUUCAAAGAAGUCAGCCCGAUUAUAACGCCGAGACACGUCACUGUCUCUACGGGUUGGAUGCUGAUCUCAUGAUGCUGGGUUUGUGUUCCCACGAACCGUAUUUCUCCUUACUCCGAGAAGAAGUCAGAUUCGGUGGAAAGAAAAAUGAGAAGAGAAUCACUACGCCAGAAGAGACCACUUUUCACCUGCUGCAUUUAUCAUUGUUUCGAGAAUAUUUAGAUCUAGAAUUCGCCUCUGUGAAAACUAAACUGAAAUUCCCCUAUGACCUAGAACAUAUUAUUGAUGAUUGGGUUCUGAUGGGUUUUUUGGUCGGGAAUGAUUUCAUUCCUAAUCUUCCUCAUUUCCACAUCAACAAAGGAGCAUUACCGUUGCUUUAUUCAGCUUAUAUAGAAGUGUUACCUACACUGGAUGGGUACAUAAAUGAAAACGGCCUGCUGAACUUGCCUCGUUUUGAAAAGUUCAUGGAACGCCUGACUUUGAUCGACUAUGAGCAUUUUAAUGAUAUUUAUGCGGACGUGAAAUGGCUGGAGAGUCGACACGGUCGCAAGAAACUAGUCGAGACUGAAUUUGACAUGAAGCCUCUUGCUCCUGCACCAGCCUCUGACACGGCAAGCUUUUUACUUGCCAAGGCUGCCGAAGUGGAAGACAUGUUGCGCGAAGAAAGCGCCGAUUCCGAUGAAAACGGUGUCGAUAAGCUGCUGAGUACACCGCUUGGCGUUAUAAAAAUCGGAGAAGACACAGAACCUGAUAUCGACGAUGGGGAAGGAGAGGAUGACGAAGAAGGAGAAAGCUACGUUUCAGAUGGUGACGAUUACACUUCUUCCGACGAAGAUAAGCAGUUUCAACUUGAAUUUAAGGCCCAUAAAAGGAACUAUUAUAUGGAGAAAAUGGAGUAUAGUGAAGUUGACAGCGGUGUCCUUCGUGAUCAAGCCGAAGGCUAUGUUCUUGCCAUACAAUGGAUCCUGCAUUAUUACUACAAUGGUGUGUGUUCGUGGUCGUGGUAUUAUCCUCAUCACUAUGCACCUUACGUAUCGGAUGUCCGAAAUUUCGCCCAUCUCGAAUUAAAAUACGACCUCGGUCAGCCUUUCCUGCCCUACGAGCAGCUGUUAGGUGUGCUACCUGCCGCUAGCAAAGCCCUUCUUCCUGUCGCACAUCACAGCCUUAUGUCGUCGGUCGACAGUCCGAUUAUUGAUUAUUACCCGUCUAAUUUUCAAACGGACAAGAAUGGAAAGCAACAAGAAUGGGAGGCGGUGGUGUUGAUUCCUUUUAUUGACGAGAAGAGGCUUAUUUCUGCCAUGAAAGAUUGCGAUUCACGAUUGUCCGAAGAAGAAAGAAAUCGUAAUCGACACGGCCCUAUGCAAGUCUAUAUACACACAGAAGAAGAUCUUGGCGAGUAUAAAGCACCCGCGUAUUUUCCUCCUAUUGCCCACAACCACGCAUUAUGCAAAGAGAUAACGCGAGAUGCAUUCGUAAUGCCGCCUGAGCGACUUGUGAAGGCUCUUCAUCCUCGCUUUAACCCAGAUCGUUUUAUUCCCGGAUUCCCUUCCAUGAAAAAUUUACCUUUCACGGCAACCUUGAAAAAGUCUUCCAUCUGUGUGUUUAACAUGAACACUCUAAACGAAUCGAUGGUACUAACGCUGUUGCAAGAUUCGGUUCCUGACAUCCAUGAUACUGGCAAACGCUAUUGUGGGAAUACGGUUUUCGUUAGUUGGCCUCAUUUACAAGAGGCUCGCGUUGUGGCUGUAGCCAGUACGGAGUGCAAGUACAGUUUCGAAAUCGAAUCUUUUGGCGAAGGUGGUAGUGUCAACUAUAAGCUCGAUGGAGAAGUCCAGAAAAUGCCCAUGACUCCGAGAGAUGUUGAUGAAUGGCAUUUACAAGAAAAAGAAAUUGGGACACGAUACGCCAACCGUUGGGGUGUUGAUAUAGGCACUACACAUAUUUUAGUUUAUGCCGCUCCUAUCACUGGACGAAAAUAUGUUUGCACUCAAAAUGGCCGUGUCACUUUAGAAAAACAGUGGAGCCCAAUACCCAUUCCGUAUGCCCUACAAGCCACUGUAAAAGAAUUGCAAGUGAAAGAGUCGUGUGUUCACCAGUUUUCUACCCUGGCCGAGGUUUUCCCACCACAGUCUACGUGUUUCAUGCUCGGACACCCUGGCUACGGUCUCAAAGGCCGUGUCUUGUCAACCGAUAAAAACUUUAGAGGGAGAAUCCGUAUUGAAUUUGAUAAUAUUCAUGAGCUAGAUGACGAAGAAGCAAAGAAACGUUCAUCCCAGUGUCAGUACUUACCAGGCUACGUUGGGGCAAAGCGGCUUGGUAUCAGCACUCACUUGAUUUCGCGCAUCACUGGAACCAUCUACCUUCUUUUAAGUCCAACGGAGGAAGAACAGAAUUCAAGUAAACCUCGUAGACCAAAGAAAGUUAAUGUUGGCCUCAGUCUAAAGUUCAACAAGUCAAAGGAAGAGAUUCCCGGAUGGUCCAAGAAAGCUGACAGCGGCUGGCUCUACUCUAUGAACACUGUCAAAGUCUUGGAGCGAUACAUCAACGAGUUCCCCGACUUCUUUGACUUCUUGGCGCAGCAUUCUGGCUCGGAUGACUUCACAGACCAACAGGUUUUUGGCGAAGGUGGAACAGAAAAAGCCCAUAAACUUUAUGAAUUCGUGCAGACACUCGCAUGUACAAACGCUGAGCGAAGGGGUUGGGGAUCAGAUGGCAUUGACAGCACCACAUUAUCGUACCUGGUGAGACAAGGACCACCCAAGGUUAUGAAACUAAAGCCUUUAGUCAUGCAAGUGCGCCCCCAUCUGCUUUACAAACCGGAUUUGAUGUCUGGUUCUACUCCGCCAGAUUCCAGUGCCAUUUAUCAACUUUUAGAUCGAGUUGUUAAUGUUCGGCAAGGUUACUCUGUGCCACUAGGCCUUCGUGGUACUGUCAUUGGCAUAAAGAACGCUACGAAACUGAUGGAUAUCAUCUACGAAAUUCUUUUUGACGAAGAAUUUUCUGGUGCGUUGCCAAUUAAAGGAAUCCAGGAUGCACCCAACAGGAUCUACCAUCUACCUGUAUGGGCCAUGAUCAACUUAACCCAUGGUGUACGACAACGUACGGAACGUGAAAGACAAGGCAAGCCGACAGCGGUUGUCCGUCCUUCUGGAAGCGGUUUGAAUAAACAAUCUCAGGCCGCCGAAGGUCCCAGCAGAAACCAACCGAAGCAAAAUUAUAGUUCGUACAAAGCUUCAUUGGAACAUCAGCCAGGUCAGCCCAGACAGGUUCCCCAACCGAAACUGCUGACGAGAAAGAAAGUAGAAAAUCCUCCUGCACCGGCUCCUGGAAGUAAAUCCGCUUCAUCAGGCAAUCGCAUUCCAGUCAAAUCGGCCCCAAGCCCUUCCAGUCUUCCCUCUCCAUUCAUGGACAUAUGGAAUUCCCUGGUUCAACAACAUGAGACGCAGCAACAACAACAACAGCAACAACAAGGUUCAGCUACCACGCAUGUAGUGAAUACUCAGGAAACGCCCAAACAGAAACCGCAGUUUCAAUCCAAGAAAAGAGAACCCGCCGUUCCAGUGGCGCCAAAAUUACCUUCGUUACAGGAGGCGGCAAGAAACCUUCCAAAGAUCACCAAUUUACCGAAGGGGCCCUCUGCAGCCCCGCCUAUUCCAUUAGAACAACCGAUAAAUCCACAUGAAGUUGUCGUACAAGCGAUACCACCAGCUGAAGCUGCCUUACAGACCAUACCUCCUCCGCCACUCCCAACCGGAAUCUCUGUUCCCGUUGGACCUUCGCUCUCUGUGCAACAGCUGUUUGAUAUGGCCAGUCAAUCCGCCAUUACCAGUCAUGUUGUACCACGCCAACCGCCGCCUCCCGUCUUCAGCUUUUGCCUCCAACUAAUGGACGUUAUGCAACAAAAAGGGUUUGGUCUUCCUGUUUACAACUAUCUCCUACUUCAAGAUGGCAGUGUAAUGGCAGAGGUAUCUGUCCUACCUCUAGGAGUAGUAGGAAGAUGUGCUGCAAAGUCAAAGAACGAGGCCGCUGAGCAAGCAGCUGCAAUGGCAUUGCACAACCCCAUUGUUAUGCAACCCAUGGUAGUUCCACCCGCUGUUCGUCAUCCUGGUAAUGUUAUGUUUGUCCCUCAUCCGCCUACAAUGCCGUUUGGAGCGGUUCGAGGACCAGUUCCUAACAGUUUUGUGCCAAUGCAAGUUACUCGCCACUCCGUUCAGCAUCAACCUCGGGCACAAACUCAUCCACUUACACCUGCAUCUACCUGUUCUUCGGAAAAGAAAGAGAUGAAAGAAGUGCCAAAGACUCAAGUAGAGCAAGUUUCUCCGGUUGACAAGGACGAACAGUUUGGAUCUGUUGCUUCAACUGAAACUACGGGACGUGCCCCAGUUCAAAACCGACCCAUCUCUUCGUCUAAACCUCCAGGAUCCCGUUUGGCUAUUCGUUUCAAUGGACCGUAAAAAUUAUUUUGCGAUUUUAAGAUCUUCACACCUUGACUUGUUAAAAACAUGCCGACUUUUAAAUUUCAAUGCGCACGGAUCUUACUCUAGUACAACAGCUGUAUGGUUA